AUGGCCGAGCGGAGGAAGAGUGAGGUGUGGUCAGCCCCCGGAGGCUCUGCUAGCCCUGAGAGUGACCUCUCAAAACAUGCUUUCGAGUGCCAGCAAGGUUUAAAGAGAAAAAAAAGCCCUAUUUAUUUAGUGUCCAGCACAACAGCAUAUCGCAUCUGCUCCGUUUACUGGCCCGCUUGGGAAAAGUCAUACUGGGAGAAGGUGAUUGAGGCAAGGCUUAUAAAUUUGUCAGAGUGCUGGGUACAAGGUUUACUUUGUGAGCAAUUCGUCCGGAUGAUGGCUCUAGACUUCUCACCAGUCAUGAUAAAGGUGUUACUAUGUGUACUGGCAACCUCGGCUCUGUCAAAAGGAAUGUUUAUAAAUAAUAAAACAAAGAUUUUUGCACCUCCACCUCUGGGCUCACCUGACAGGCCCAUUCCCCCUGAAUACUGGGGUUCUGGUGAUUAUCCUCCACUGCCUGACAAGAACAUGCCACAACAAGCCAACUACAUAAUGGAUGGUGGCCCUCCGCAGAUACGCACUGGCUCCCAAAUGUCGUAUGGGAUGCCCAAUGAGAUCCCUGUUCCAACAGAGAACUAUCCUAUGCUACCAGAGGGUUACUCCUUGCCACCAAAUGGUUAUCCCUUGCCACCAGAUAGUCGGUCGCAUUCUCUCCACAGAAAUAAUAUAAUAGACUUUUCAUAUUGUGAGAUGAUCUUGGAAGCCCCUGUGCCACCAACUGCAGAUCAAAUACCCUGGUUCUGUACCUGUACUUUGUGCAAAGGAUCUUGGCAGAGUGAAAAGGGCGAUAAAGGAGACAGAGGCCUACCAGGUCAACCUGGGAGUACAGGAAGUAGAGGUUUACCUGGUCCACGUGGUCCACUAGGUUUCACAGGGCCAACAGGAUUUAAGGGCCAGAAAGGUGAUGAAGGUAUUAAAGGGGAUGAUGGUCCGCCGGGUGCAAUGGGAAGAAUCGGAGACCGUGGAUUCAAGGGUGACAAAGGAGACAUGGGUCUGGAUGGGAUGCCAGGGGAAUCAGGACCUCCUGGACCACCCGGGGAUUGCGCUUCAACAUGUGGUUCUGUAAGUGGAUCUCCAGGAGAAGUUGGAUUACCAGGAACAGUUGGGCCUAGAGGACUCCCAGGAAGCUCAGGAGAACCUGGGCCAAAAGGCGAGAAGGGAGAUCAGGGUGAAAUUGGUAAGCCUGGAGUUCCAGGCUUUAAUGGGUUGAAAGGAGAUCAAGGUAAACAAGGUGUGUGUAAUUGCACGGAUGGGGCUAAGGGUGAAAAUGGAAUUGCUGGGCCUCCUGGUCUAAAAGGUGAAAAAGGGAAUGCUGGUUCUCAGGGGCUUGAAGGGGUAAGUGGUCCUAAAGGUGUAAAGGGAGAGAUGGGAGUGACAGGUCUCCCUGGCCCAUGCUCUCCUGCUAUCCAGUCAGGGUUUUCUGCAAGACUGGCUAUCACUUACCCAAGUCCAGACAGUCCUGUGCCCUUUAGCAUGGUCAUUUACAAUAUAGAGAAUCACUACAACCCCAUUGCUGGUGUCUACAAGGCUCCCGUCAACGGCACAUACAGCUUCAGCUACAAUUUAUGUGUCUUUAACAAAGUGCUCAAAGUCGGUCUCUUCCAAAACUUUGUCCCGGUCGUAAAAAGCACUGGGCCGAUAAACCUGGCCAUGGUCUCUCAGGCGGUGCUUCUGCACUUGAAAAUGGGUGAUGAAGUGUGGAUCCAGGUAAAAGACUUAAGCAGUAACGGUUUCUGUACAGGCAGUGAGGCCAGUAGCACCUUCACUGGGUACCUGCUUUACCCAGACAGCUGUGAUGUUCCCUUAUCCCGAGACAUACCUGAGCCUAUCAGUGGCACAUACAGCUGGGGCGAUGGCCCAUAA